AUAAGAUCUGACUGGUUCAUCAUGCUAUACAGAAGGGAAAGAAAGAGCAUUUUGUAUUGUUAGAAGAAAGAAACCAUGGCAGCUUCUGCUACUACCACCUUCUUCUCAUUACCAUCAAUACAAAAUCAACAUGCAUCAUUACCCACACCGUUUCUGGGUGUUCCUCAAUGCCAGAGUAAAUUCUUUGGUAUAAGAAAAAAACCACCGCAGAAGCUUGUGGUGGUGGCGGUGACCAAAGACUCCGAUGAAAAAGUCCCGUCCUGGGCUAAACCAGACUCCGAUGAACCUCCUCCGUGGGCUCGCGAUGAAGCCAACAACAAAACUGCUUCAUCUUCUGGAUUUGAAGUUCCCUUCUACGUUUAUCUACUCGCCUCUGCUAUCACUGCAAUUGCAGCUGUAGGUUCCAUUUUCGAAUACGUGAAUCAGAAACCAGUCUUUGGGCUUCUUCCCUAUGACAGUGUGUUUUAUGCUCCCGUGCUUGGUUUCUUCGCCUUCACUGGCAUUCCCUCUUCGAUUUUCCUUUGGUACAAGUCUGUUCAAACUGCCAACAAGGAAGCUGAAGAACAAGAUAAGAGAGAUGGCUAUUUAUAGAAGCCAUGUGUAAACUUCCAAUCUACUGCCUUUUUUAUCUCACCUUUUCUGUAACUGUAAAUCACACAAGAAAAUUGCAGAUAAUGCCAUAGGGUAAGUCAAAGUCCAGUGUGAAUAUUUAUGAGGUUUUGUGAAUAUCUAUCGACAGAUUAGCUUAUUGAACACAAUGCCAUAAUGUAUUCUGCAAUCAGCACAAUUUCCUUUUAUAUGGUUUGUGCGAUUAUCAUGAUGACUCUCAUCUGAAACUGCUUUACCUUCCCCCUUUGUUAUGACAAUUGGUUGUAAGGGUUACUUA